CGGGGAACCAGGAGAGCGUAGGGACCGCAGCCCGAGCCCCGAGGCGCACACCCUCUGGGAUCUGUGACCGGCCUCCUCCACUGGUGGCCGGCCUCCCGGUCCUGAAAGGCAGGCAGCACGGGAGUGUGUACCGAGGAAAACAGGUUCUCUGAGUUUUUCUGGUUUGCUCUCAGCUCUCUACUGGACCAUCAAUUUCUUUCCUUCGGGAAAAAUGCGCUCUGCCAAUGACUAAUCGCGGCCGUGCUGAGAUGAUAUCAGCUGUCACCUGCACAGCAGGACCCACGCCCGUGCGGAAAUGAGCAGAUAGCCCGGCGGCUGCAGCCCCAACCUGCCAGCACACCUGCCUCCUCUGGCAGAGCCGCUAGAAGUUUUGCUGCUGCCAGGGCCGCCUCUGUCCUUGCUGCAGGCCGCGGACAUGUGGCCAUUGCAGUGACCGCUCGGGGGCCCCGAGGCUGACCCAGGUGUCUGAGGAGCAGCUGUGUCCCCGCGGGCUGAGUGUGGAGCCCCUGGAUGGAGCUUGGGACCCGGGCCCCUCAUGUCUGUCCUGCUGACGCUGUGUCUCGCGCUCCUGCCCCUGGCGACCCCAGGCCGAGGCGCCCAGCAAUGGGAGCCCUGCACAGACCUGCGCCCCCUGGACAUCUUGGCAGAGGCGGUCCCUCUGGAUGGCGUCGCGGGCGGAAUCAGGGUGAUGCGGGUUCAAGGUGUGCGAGGACUGCAGCUCUCGGCCGCUGCCCCCCACGCCGUGAGCUUCCCUGCCUCGAGGAUUUUCGUCAGAUGCGACCUGUUCCCUGAAGAAUUUUCCAUCGUUGUAACCUUGAAAGUUCCCAUUCUUCCCCCUAAGAAGAACGAGUACCUGCUCACGGUGCUGGCGGAGGAGCGCGACGCGCUGCUGCUCGGCCUGCGCUACUCGCCCGCCCAGCUGCACUUCCUGUUCCUCCGCGAGGACGCGGCGGGCGUCUGGCAGACCCGCGUGUCCUUCCGCAGCCCGGCUUUGAUGGACAGCGAGUGGCACACGCUGGUCUUGGCCGUCUCUGAAGGAUCCUUUUCCCUCACCAUGGACUGCGGCCUCCCCGUGGACAUAACGGCCGAUGUGCCCUUCCCGGCCACCCUGUCAGUGCGAGGAGCCCGGUUCUUCAUCGGCAGCCGGAGGAGAACCAAAGGCCUGUUCACGGGCCUGCUGAGGCAGCUGGUCCUGCUGCCCGGCUCGGACGCCACCCCAAGGCUGUGUCCCUGCAGGAAUGCCGAGUUUGCUGUGCUGUCCAUCCCCCCGAUCCUGUGGGGUCUCACAGGGAGGCCAGAAGAUAAUGAGGUGCCAAAAUAUCCCUAUGAAACCGACAUGAAGGUGACACUGGGAUCCCGGCCUCCGUGUACCAAAGUGGAGGACGCCCAAUUCUGGUUUGACGCCAGCCGGAGGGGGCUGUACCUGUGCGUGGGCAGCGAGUGGGUCUCCGUGUUAGCAGCCAAGGAAAAACUGGACUAUGUGGAGGAACAUCAGAGCCUGUUCACAAACUCGGAGACUCUGGGCAUCGAGGUCUUCGUCAUCCCCGAGGCCGGGCUCUUUGUAGCAACCGCCAAUCGGAAAACCACAUCCGCCAUCUACAAGUGGACCGAUGGAAAGUUCGCCUCGUACCAGAACAUCCCCACAUACCAAGCUCAGUCCUGGACACAUUUCACCAUUGGAAAAAGGAUCUUCCUGGCCGUGGCCAACUUUGAACCAAAUGAGAAGGGUCAGGAAUUCUCCGUCAUUUACAAAUGGAGCCAGAGAAAGCUACUGUUCACACCAUACCAGAGGGUCCCCACCCACAGCGCCCGGGACUGGGAGGCCUUCCAGGUGGCUGGGGAGCACUUCCUGGCCGUGGCCAACCAUCGGGAAGGUGACAACCACAACAUUGACAGCGUCAUCUACAAGUGGAACCCCAGGACCCGUCUCUUCGAGGCCAACCAGACCAUUGCCACCUCGGGCGCCUACGACUGGGAGUUCUUCACCGUGGGUCCCUACUCCUUCCUGGCGGUGGCCAACGCCUUCAACGGCACGUCCACCAAGGUGAACUCCCACCUCUACGUCUGGCUCGUCGGCUCCUUCCAGCUCUUCCAGUCUUUCCAGACGUUCGGCGCCGCCGACUGGGAAGUGUUCCACAUAGGAGAGAGGAUCUUCCUGGCUGUCGCCAACAGUCACAGCUACGACAUGGAGAUGCACGUGCAGAACGACUCCUACGUCAUCAACUCUGUCAUCUACGAGCUGAACGUCCGCGCCCAGACCUUCGUCAAGUUCCAGGAGGUUCUUACCUGCAGUGCUCUGGACUGGGAGUUCUUCUCAGUGGGAGAAGAUUAUUUCCUGGUGGUUGCAAACUCCUUCGACGGAAAAACCUUCUCAGUCAACAGUAUUAUUUACAGGUGGCAGGGGUACGAAGGCUUCGUGGCCGUGCACAGCCUCCCGACCUUCGGCUGCAGGGACUGGGAAACCUUCCGCACCACGGCUGGUGCCUACCUCGUCUACUCCAGCGCCAAGGAGCCCCUCUCCCGGGUCCUGAGGCUGAGGACAGGGUGACAGUCCCUGGGCUCCCAGGAACAGGACCUGCCCGGCGCACCCAGAAUCCUGCCCGAGGAGCCCUAGAACCUCCGGGGGCACGAGCCCGGGCAGCGUGGCUUCCAGUGCAUCGUCCCUGCCAUCGUCCAGUCGGGGACGUCCAUCACCUCUCCACCCUGGGAACCGUGAUGGCCAGAUCCAGUGCCUCGUGGUCGGUCUGGCGGAAGACCAGAGCCGCCCCUGCAAGUCUGGGUGUCCUACAAGGAUUUCCCUUCAAAGGAUAAGUCCACACAAAAUUUUACCUCAAAAGCAGCGGGGCCUCGUCACCUUCCCCGUUGGCGGGCCCAGACUUGGGACAGGCUUCACGCCGCUUACGUGUUCGUGCCAGUUAUUUAUUGUAUCCUGUCUAUACUGAAAUAUAUUUAUGACGCUCUUUACAGGG